ACAGUUAGGGAGCCAGAGAGCCCCGGGGGGGGGAGGCUUUAAGGCUGCGGACCUUCUGGACCUCCGUUUAGGCUGGCAUUGAAGGCAAGCGGAGGCAGCAGGCGGAGCAGGCAGGGCUCAUUCCGAACGUCUAGCCUGGGACCCGGGGCAGCUCCUUCGGACUAACAGACUGCCUGCUAGCUAAGCACUCGGAGCUGGCAGCCUGGCGAGCGAGUCUGACUGCUGCCAAAAAGGCCACCCCCAUUUCUCCUCUGCCGCUUGCCCUUCCCGGGACGGUCCCGCGCGCUCUCUCGCUCGCCUCCUGCGGACGAGGCAGUGGCUUCCCGACUGAGGGAGAUGGAGGAGCCCCGCUGGGCGGAGGCGCUGCCGAAGAAGCGGAACCCGGGCGACGGGGAGCGAGGGAAAGGCAAGCGGGCCGGGGAGGGAGCAGGUGCCGCGGGCAUCGCGCCUCUAGCAGAAGGCGGCUCUGCUGCAAGCCGCCCGGCGGCGGAGAGAAUGCGGGAGGAAGGUGAGGGCCAAGGGCGAGGAGGGGAUUCCUCGAACGACGCCGUCCGGCCACAACGGCCCAACGGCUGCAGCAUAGCAGCUGGACAGGAGGAGGAGGAAGGCUCCGCAGGACAAGGCGGGCGGCCCACCCGAGCUGGCUCGGCCCCAGGUGACAAUGUCUGUCUCUCUGCUCCGGGGCAAGAGGUGGUCAUGUUGAAAAGAAGCGGGGCGGAAGAUCUGCAGCCCUCUGGAGAGCCGAGCGGCUCCGCCGAAGCCCUGAUGGGGGAACUCUCCGAGAUGGUACACAGGGCGGUGAAGAGCAGCAGCUGGUGGGAGAGGCACGGCGUGGAUGACACCAUUAUCGCUCUAAACCUGCUUAGCCUACCGCUGGGAUUCCUGCUUCUACGUUCCAGUAAUCCUUUUGUGUUCCUGGUGGGCAUUGCUGUCCUGGGUGUGGUCCAUCAUACCCUCGCUGUGAAGGCAAGCCACUUGGCUACCCACAAUGCUCUGGUGGAAUCCAAAUCGUGGGGGAAAUUAUGGAGCAUAUUCUUCAUUGAGGUUUGCUCCGCUUUCACAGCAGAACGAGGGUCCUACAACCAUGUAAAAAUGCACCACGCUUAUACAAACGUCAUUGGCCUCGGGGAUUCCAGUACCUGGAAGGUUCCUUUCCUGAACCGUUACGUUUAUAUGUUCAUUGCACCUAUUGCUGUACCUAUCAUAACUCCUUUAAUAGCCAUUGGUUUACUCACAGAGGUAGAACUGAAAACUGCCAUUCGGACUCUGUGUUGUAUAUUCAUUGGUCUGUAUGCCCAUUAUUGGCUGCUGCUUAAUAUCUCAGGAUUUCAAUCUAGCUGGUCUGCACUUGGCUGUAUGUUGAUUACCCGUGCUCUCCUCGCCCAUGCAUACAUCCAUGUCAAUAUCUUCCAGCAUAUUGGCCUACCCAUGUUUUCACCUGAUAAGAAGCCAAAACGAAUCCACAUGAUGAGCUGUGGCGUUCUCAAUUUGCCUCGAAAUCCUCUGCUGGACUGGGUUUUUGGACACUCGAUCAUUAGUUGUCAUGUGGAACAUCAUCUUUUCCCAGCUUUUUCUGAUAACAUGUGCCUGAAGAUAAAACCUGUGGUUUCUCAGUAUUUGAAAAAGAAGAAAUUACAAUACAAUGAGGAUUCUUACUGGUCACGCUUGAAGCUAUUCCUGGACAAAUAUGAAGAACUGAUGGUCCAUGCACCUCCUAUUUCUGAACUUGUGGGGAUUCAGUAAUGGUACUUUUAUGGCUAGAGCUAGGGCCUUAAGACAGCAUGGUCUCUUUUUCCAAGAUCAAUGCAUUUAAAGUCUAAGUUAAGUUAGACCUUUUAAGUUUAAGUUUUAGGAAAAUCAGUAUAUUAUCAGCAAAAGUUAUCUUUAGAUACCGGAUGCAACUGCCCAGUAAUGGGUCAUAGGCAGGGGUCGGCAACCUUAAACACUCAAAGAGCCAUUUGGACCUGUUUCCCACAGAAAACACCGGGAGCCACAAAACCCUGCUGCUUCCCCCCCAGCACUCCACUGCUCCACCGCUGCUGUUGCUUGCCCCCCCCGGUGAAGAGCGCCCUGCCACUUCUGCUUUCUCCCCCUACCUCACCCACCCUGCUGCCACUUUUCCUCCUACCUCCCCCACAUGGAGCGCCCUGCCGCUGCUUUUUCCUACCUUCCUGUGCUGCUGUUGCUUUCUUGCCUGACCUCCGCUACGUGGAGCGCCCUGCCACCACUUUUCCCUAUCUCCCCCACAUGGAGCGCCCUGCCACUUUUUCCUUCUACUUCUCCUGCACAGAGGACCCUGCCACUGCUGCUUUCUCGCCCUACUUCCUCCAUGCGGAGUGCCCUGCUGCCACUUUUCCCUACCUCCCCUGCACGGAGCGCCCUGCCAUUGCUUUUCCCUACCUCCCCCGUGUGGAGCGCUGUGCUGCAGCUUUUCCCUGCUACCUCUCCCGUGCUGAGUGCCCUGCCGCCGCUUUUCCCUACCUUCCCUGUGUGGAGCGCCCUGCUGUCGUUUUUCCCUACCUCCCCCACGUGAAGCAUUGUGCUGCCACUUUUCCUUACCUCCCCCGCGCGGAGCGCCCUGCUGCUGCUUUUCCCUCCUACCUCCCCCACGCCAAGCACCCUGCCACUGUGGCUUUCCCCAGCAGUGAAGGUGGAGUUUGGGAGGCAGCGGCAGGGUGUAGCCCAGGCAUGGCCCAGCAGCAAAGCUUGUCCUCCCCACUCAAGGCGCAGCAGCAGGAUUGCUUUCAAUAAGGCGGGCACACAUGAGCGAGCAGUGCACCUAGUUCUUAUUGUUUGAGAGCAAUCCUGCCGCUGCACUUCUGCUUUCUUCAACCAUGAUCCCCCCUCCCAGCCAGCCAGGUCUUCAUGAAUUUAACAUUGGGAUAAAAAUGUUUCACCACCUUUAUCAAUAUUACAAAGAAAAGUUUAAGAACUUUAAUUGUGCUUGAUCAGGUUCACUCAUUUUCCUUCAGUCACUCUCUUUGCAUCUCUUACCCACUUCAUCACCCUCUGAAAGCCAAAGGACUCACAACGAUCCACACUCAUAGAGAGGAUCCUGCAAUCUAAUUUGAUCUGUCAUAACCUUUCAUUCCAGCAUGAUUAUAGUAGGUUAUUCUCUAUCUCUCUUUGUCUCCGUCUCUCUCUGUCUCUCUCUCUCUCUCAUUACAAUGUUCUCUGUUUUUCAAAUAUUUUUAUUAAGGAUUAUAAAUGAAAAGAGUAAAAGCUGAUGCAAACUAUAAAACCUACAAAUAGAAAAAUAGAAAAGAAAAAAAUUGCGGGGAAAAAAAAAAGGACAGGAGAAAGAGGGGAAAAAACCUUUUUUCCUUCAUCCCGACAGGUAAAAACAAUUUUAGUAGCUUAUCUACCAUCUUUAAAUACAGCAUAAUUAUACCUCAUCUCUUAAUUAAAAAAAAGAUCAAAAUAUUUCAUUAAACGUUCUUUACUAAAAGUCCAGUAAGGACAACCACAUAUAUUCUCUCUCUCUUCCCCCCCUCUCUCCCUCUCCCUCCCUCUCUCUUUUUCUCUCUCUCCAAUAUAUCAUUUAGCUCUGAUAAAAUAAGCCACAUUUAUAAGUUUUCCCUGAAUUUUUAAAGAUAGUGAUUAACUGCUUCAAAAAAACAAAAACAAAAAACUAGCUUGCUGUUCAUCUGUUUCAAAACAAAAAUCUUUCAAAAUUUAAAAGAAAAUAUUUUGUAAAUCCAAUAAUCCUUUAUUUAUCAUUUCUCAUGCAGUUUUUUUGCUCUCAAUAAGGUGAGCAAUCCCGCUGCUGCACCUCUGCUUUCUUCAACCAUGAUCACCCCUGCCCAGCCAGCCAGCCACCAUCGCCGAUCUUCUCCUCAUGAUCCCACCUCCCCAGCCAGCCAGCCACCAUCGCUGACCUACUCCUCACCUGGCCAGCUGGCCUCACGCUCUCCUCCUCCUCAUCCUCUGCACUCAAUCGGUUGCUAGCGGCUUGGGUGGCUCUGCUCCGUCCAAGUUGAAGAAAGCGGAGGCAUAACAGAAAGCAACUUUCCCAAAAAGAAAAGAAGUUUGUGGGCAGUCCCACAAACAAAAGAAGUGGGAUUAAAAAAGUUCAAUCAAUCAAUUCCAACUUCACGAGAUCUUUUUUUUCCACAAGAAGUUGGAAUUGACUGAUUGAACUUUUUUAGUCCCAUUUUUUUUUUGUGGGACUGCAAAUGGUGGAGGAGGACUGGGAAACGCAGUAGAGGGAUGAAAGAGCCGCAUGCGGCUCCAGAGCUGUGGGUUGCCGACCCCUGGUCAUAGGGGAAAAUCAAUAGUUCCAAUUAAUUCAAUUGUACUAUCUUUGAUUUUCUUCUCUGCUGUAAUAAUCUUUGCACGCUGAUACAUUUAACAGAUCAUUUCAGAUUCUGCUAUUCUGCAACCUGAGGGAGGGAAAUCUAAGGGCUAUUUAAUGUUCUUCCUCUUAAAAUAACUUAAAAGUUAAAAGACAUUUGUACAGUGCAAACUUUGACAAGUUCUAUGCAGCAAUUUCUUUUCCUCAUCUUGGUUGUAUGACAGCAAAGACAUAGAUCGCUGUUACUAACUGAUCUGAAAUCCACAGUGGAGAAAAUAUAAGCCACCUUUAUAAUAUAUAUAUAUAUAUAUAUAUAUAUAUAUACAACAGUCUUCCUCAACUAGUGCCUUCUAAAUUUGCAGAGACUCCAAUUAAAGAAUGCCAGCUAGCAUGGGAAUUUAACGUCUGGAAAGAAACUUAUUAGAGAAGCUUUUCCUAGAGGUUAGAAGAAACAUGAAAAAACUGCAUUGAUUGUUGGACUGAUAUUCACAUAGCUUUAAUUACAUGAGAAUUUAUAUGGUAAAGAGAUACUUCUUGCUAGAUGCUUCACAGAUUUUCAUUUUUAGCGCACCCUCAGCAGGUAGCAAUCCUCAUCCUACUUUGACUGUUUUGAGAAGAUAAGGAAGGUCAGGCCUAGCCUGUGCUUAGCAGACCUCCACAGAAUAUCAGGUUUGAAGGCCAAACUGGGAAGUCAAAAACCACUCUGGAAGAUGGGAGCAACAAGCCACUUCUGUACUGAUGCUAACUCCCCACUCCCUAUACAUGGAGCCAUUAUUCAGUUGCCAAGACUUGAGCUUGACCUGAAGAAGACUUUACUAAAAUUUCUCCUCCUGCAAGAAGAAAAGAAAAGCUUAUUCAAAAUAUGAUGCUGAAUGGUGGAAGGAAAUAUAAUUGUCAUUACCAGUGGACCUUUUAUUAACAAAAAUGAUGCAAAGAAAGACUCUAUAAAAGUUCCUGCUGAUGAAUAUGGUGAUAUGUAUGCAAAGAGAGAAUAAAUUAUUAUCCAAUCCACUUGUGCGAAGGGAGUGUGGUUUAAUAAAAGGAACAAUGUAAAAGCAAGCAGAUUAGGCAGGCAAUAGCAGCAGGUAGAUAUAUUUGAAAAAAUAUUUUGAAAUAAACUCUGACUGACUUGA